AGGUUUUCUGCCUUUAUUGCAGUAAUCAUCUAUUCCAGCAAGAGCAGCAGGACCUGCUACUGUUGAAUAAAGAACUUCUCACGCAGGGUGAUAUAGAAUAACAUGUGGGCGGAUAAACAUGUACAAAAGCCGCCGAGAAACACACAAAAAUACUACAAAACACGGCUAGUUCUAUCUAUCUAUUUUUUCGCAGAUGCCAUUUAUUUCAUUUGACCUUUAAUUCUGUUGGUCAAUACUGGAUGUAGGGGCGAUAGCACAUUUAUAAGAUGGGUCUACACAGAAAAACAAUCAGUCGGGUCUAUUUUUCUGCAGUAUCACCGUAGCCAGAGCAGCUGUUGUCUACAGUAUUAGCCGUGUCAGGCCUUCUGCUUCGACAUUUGUCAUCGUUAGAGCAACUGAAGACUGCACACUCCACACUCCAGCAUGGUUUACUUUGCAGUGACUCCUCCUCCUCCUCCUGUGCCUGACAGGCUGUGACAAUCUGUGCGUAACUAUAGAGACAAGUAAACUGUACACAGGGAAGAAGGGAAGAGAGGAGAAAAGUAGGAGUUUGGCACAGAGAAACAAAGAAAGGCAUCAGGAUACGUAAGUUUAAGACCUGGAUUUAUGUCCUUUUGUCAGCUGAGAGAAAGUAAUGCUCUUCCGUCACACUGUGACAAUAACAACCUGAGAUGCCACAGGAACCGAAGUCACCGGCAAACUGCAGCGGGAUGCAGACAAAAAUGAGCGCCUGGACUCCUCUGAACCACCCUGCUGCAAACAUCAAGAUAUUUGAAGAGCGACAGACGUUACUGUCCAAAUGGUUUGACAGGUGGUCUGACAGCCAGAGGAGGGCAGUGCUGCAGACAUUUGUAAAGAGCUGCUCACGAGAACAACUCAAGUUCCUGAGCCUCAUUGUGAGUAGACGGCUCCCCCUACAGGCUGCAGACUUCACCUGCGAGCUGCCUCGAGCUCUCAGCCUCUACAUCUUCUCCUUCCUGGACCCCCGUAGCCUCUGCAGAUGUGCCCAGGUGAGCUGGCACUGGAAGAGCAUCGUGGAGUUGGACCAGCUGUGGAUGCCCAAGUGUUUGAAGUUGAGCUGGUGCAUCAGUCACUCGCCGACGCCUUUUGAGCAAGGUGUCUGGAAGAGACAUUACAUCCAGACAGUGCAGGAGAUGCGACUACUUCGACAUAAGACUGCCACAUUUAUGCCCCAGUACGCAACUCCUAAUUUAGCAACAAUCAACAACAAACAUAAAGACCAAUCACACGCAGCCUCACUCCAUGAGGGGCGACAGGGGUCUGCUGCCCAGCCAGCCAAAGAGGGCCUCAGGUACGGAUCAACCAAAGCCAAGCCGCAGAGCCAAGCUUUGCCUCCAUGGAGACAUUCUGACAGACGUCCCAAGGACACGCUUCGCUUCAACUACCUGGACAACCUGAGCCCUGCAGACCACCGGCUGAAAAACCACAUCAAAAGCACAUCCCUCAGCUACGCAGGAAACCCAGUCACGGCAGAAGAAGGCCGCAGAAAAUCCCUGUCUGAAGCUACUUACAAACUCCGCAAAGCCAAAUCUAUGAUGUUUUUAACUUCCAACUACAGACCCCAACAUUCUCCUACUCCCGCCCCACCUACUCAUCAUCCUCAGUGGGCAUCAUCAAGUAACGGCCAACCCAACACAGAGGAAGGCGCUAAGAGCCUUCUGCAUUCAGCCCACUGGAACGCUGGGAUGCGUCCAGGCCCCAUAAGAUCAGCUGUGCCUCAGCUGAGUGCGGCGGUGCUCCGAGCAUGUCAACGCUCACAACGCAGCUCUCCCAGUUAGUGGAAACAGCGUAUUUUUUUCUCUCAGUGUUUUCACCGCUCUUUCAGCUCCAUUUUUAUUAUUUAAAAAUGUAUACCUACACUGUCACUGUACAGGCUACCAAAGAGUAGACAGGUUUAUAAUAUAGAAUUUCACGAAUGAUAAAUUACACACACCUGCUACCAUUUAUCUCGUUAAUGUUAGCAACAGUAUGACCUUUUGACCUACAGUAUUUUGGUUCUUUUUUUUGUUAUUUUUUCCAUGAUCAAUUUAUACAUUUAUGAAUAGUAUUUCAUUUUUUUUUAAUGAUUCAAAAAGUUUUGACACUGUUUUAUUCAUUAAGUCUGAUCUAUUAUUAAUGUAAUGGGAUAAGCUGAUAGUUCAAUAUUUUAUUUGUAAAGUCUGUCAUCGUGUAAUGUACAUGUUUAUCAUAUAUAAUUAAAAACGCAAAUGGAUACUAACAAUAUAAUUAUGUAUAUUCAUCAAGUGACUCUCUGUAUGUGUUUGAAAACCAGCCAAUUAAAUACCUAAUAUUUUAUAUUUUUA